AUGAGCCCCGUGGAUCAAAAGCCCGGUGCUGAGAUGGACAUGCAUGUACCGCGUCGCUGUCAUGCGCCCCGCCGCGCCGAGCCCAGCAAGCCCGCGGAUGUCUUGCUGAAGCUGCGUGAGUCGGUGCAGUCCAGGCUGACAGUGUCGGAGCUGAGCGAGCCCGGGUACGAGGGGCUGGACCCCCUCCCCGAGUUCAACCCCCCGGCAGCCGUGGGAGGGGCCACGUACGAGGUCAUGCGCCUGGACCCGGCUGAGGGGCCGCGCCGCCUGUGCGUGAGGCGGCGGGACCUGCUCAGGGCACACCGCCUGGCCCCCCGCGACCUGCGCCAGCUGGACCACGACUCCAGCGCCAGCAGGGCGCCGCCGCGCGUGGUGCUCAAGGACGGCUGCGUGCUCAUGAACCUGGGAGGGGUGAGGGCCAUCAUCGAGGCGGACAGGUGCCUGGUGUUCGACCCCGACACGCCGCCCGCCACCCACUUCCUGGACAUGACGCUGCCGAAGCUGGAGGGCACGCGGGUGGGCCUGGCCUCUGCAGCAGGCAGGGGCGAGGCCAAGGGCGGGGCCGCCGGCUUCGAGUCCGACCAGGCAUCCCUGCCCUUUGAGCUGGAGAUCCUGGAGGGCGGUCUGGCUAUUGCCACAGCGACGCUGGAGGGGGAGCUGCGCGGCAUCUCCCAGCGCGCCACGGGCGUGCUGCAGCGCCUGCCGCGCGAGGUCAACCCCGUGAACCUGGAGGACCUGCGCCGCCUGAAGCAGCAGCUGGUGGAGCUGGAGGGCAAGGCACAGGACUCUGAGGCAGAGCGGCUGCUGGAAGGCGCCCGGGACCUGGAGGAGUCCAUAGGGGUGUCCCUCUCGGCCCGGCGAUUCGAGGUCAACCGGCUGGAACUCCUGCUGUCCAUGGCGACCUUCUCGGCGGCGCUGGGGGCGCUCUUUGCUGGCAUCUUUGGCAUGAAUCUGCGUAGUACCCUGGAGAUGAGCGUGAUUGGCUUCUGGGGCACCACAAGCCUCAUCCUGGUGGGCUGCCUCGUGGUGUUCCUCCGGCUGCUGCGCUAUACCCAGCGGAAGCGCAUCCUUUGA